AUGAGGCACAAAUCUAAUCUUCUCUUCCUCCUCCUCGCAGUGCUUGCGAACAUCGGGAGCUGCUGUGGUGUGAUAAACCAUCUGGUUCUUAGACACUCGGGGUGCGAGGAAUGCAUGAGAACGUCAAACCUUGCGAGGCCGGGACACUUUUGCCUGGACCAUCUCUUCGACGCUGGGGACGGGCUCUUGUACCUGGACAGUCAUGAGAACCAGAUGACCUGCCUGAGCCAGCACCUGCGAGGAGGAGAGAGCGUCGAGACGUGGCUCAUCUCCUCCGGGGUCAGCAGCGACGGCAAGUCGUUCGACCGGGUCGGUGCCGUGGGGAGGAGGGGGAAGACGUACAGGCCCAAGUUGAGCAGGACCGUCGAGCACCAUUACUGA